AAACAAGAAAACCCUAAUCACUCCGGCUUAAGCUCUCUGUGUAAUAAUGGCGGCGGAGAGAUCGUCCAUCACUCUCGGAGGGAAAGGUUCUUCUUUCACUUCUGCCUCCGUUUACAAGGUUGCUUCCGGCGUCGCUAAUGUACGAAUUGACUCUUCUGCGGUCGAGAGAUUCUCCACUAGAAACCUUCCAUCGAUCAAAAGAAGCUCCUUUGGUAUCCCUCAAGGUUUAACGAACGAAGAAACUCGAGCUUCUUUGGCUGUUCUCUUAAACAAGCUUAUUUUGUCGACUUCUGGUCCUCCUUCUUCCUCCACCGCUCGUUCUGUUCUUCCGCUUAAGAUUUUAGAGAUUCUGAAUUCGAAUGCUGAGAGUUUGGAUUUGGGUGAGAUUGAUGUGACUGAAGGGGAAAACAUUGUGUUGGAGAAGUCUUGUGCUUCGUUGAUUGGACUCUGUUCUAUUAUAGAUCACAAAUCGACGACUCUUUCCCAGAUUGUGGAUUCUGUUGCUGCUUUGAGUUGUGAGGUUACAAAGGCUGAUAUAGCUUCGUUUAGCUUGUUGGAUUCAGGAGAUGGGAAUGGUGAUAAAGAUGUGAUUGGUGUUGCUGGUGAUCUCAAGGUUUUGCUUAACGGGUAUAAAGGUGUGGGGAAAUUAGAAAUUGAAGAGAUUUCGAAAAUUCCUUGGAUUCAUGGGAAAUUCAGGUAUGUGGUGAAAAGUGUGCAUUCUGAUGCUAGGAGAGAAUUGAAUUCCGGUGUUAAAGGAGGCAAAACUGGGUCUGGAAACACUGGUAUUGGUGAGGCUUUAGGGACAACAUUGUUACCUUUGUUAACGGCGAUUAAAAACUUGGGUGUGUGUUCGUUCCUUCGUGCUAAGCUUUGUUUCGAGAAGAUUGUGAAUGAGAAUCUAAGGAGUUGUUUGUCUGAAGUGUUCGAAAAGAGCCGUGUGGAGUAUGAGAAUCUAAAGAAUAGCUAUAAGUUAGCUUAUACUGCUCAUUUGGAAGAGGAUUACUGCAGAUUUGCUCACGAACUGAAUGAGUCUCUGGGAAUUGUAUGGAGAAUUGUUGGUUUGGAGGCAGUUGCUGCCUUUUUUGCUCUUGCUGGUGGAGAAUUGUUUGUUCAGAAGAGCGGAGAUGCGGACAAAGAAGAGUCGAAGACCGAUAAGAAAAAGAAGAAGAAUGAGAAAAAAGCAGUUGUGGGGAAGGGGACAAGUUUAGUUAUCCAGUUUAUCAAAGAUAGAUUGGUGAGUAAUGAGGCAGCAAGUGAUGGUGACCAGAUGCGUUCAUUGAAGCAAAUCUUAAAUCUUUUCAACCCGGAGGGUCGCGGUUUUGAUAGCUUAUUGGAUAAAGUGAAAGAGAUUGUAGAAAGUAAUGAAAACAGGAGACUUCCCAAGCUUCCAAAGGGAACUCGAGAUUUCGCUAAAGAACAAAUGGCAGUCCGAGAAAAAGCCUUUUCAAUCAUACAAAACGUUUUCAAGAGGCAUGGUGCAACUGCACUUGAUACUCCUGUUUUUGAAUUGAGAGAGACCCUAAUGGGAAAGUACGGAGAAGACUCGAAAUUGGUUUAUGAUAUUGCUGAUCAGGGUGGAGAGCUUUGCUCUUUACGAUAUGAUUUAACUGUUCCAUUUGCACGGUAUGUGGCUAUGAAUGGAAUCACAUCAUUCAAAAGAUACCAAAUAGCAAAGGUGUACAGAAGGGAUAAUCCAUCUAAAGGGAGAUACAGAGAGUUUUAUCAGUGUGAUUUUGAUAUCGCUGGUUUGUUCGAACCAAUGGGACCCGAUUUUGAAAUUGUCAAGAUAUUAACUGAACUCCUCGACGAAUUGGAGAUUGGAGAUUAUGAGGUGAAACUGAAUCACCGCAAGUUGCUUGAUGGAAUGCUGGAGAUAUGUGGAGUACCACCUGAGAAAUUCAGAACCAUCUGUUCGAGUAUCGACAAGUUAGACAAGCAAUCGUUUGAGCAAGUGAAGAAAGAAAUGGUGGAGGAGAAAGGCUUGUCUUCAGAGAUUGCAGACAGAAUUGGCAACUUUGUUAAGGAGAAGGGAGCUCCUUUAGAGCUAUUGUCUAAACUGAGACAAGAAGGGAGUGAGUUCUUAGAUAACCAGUCAUCAAAAGAAGCUCUUGAUGAGUUGAGUAUCAUGUUUGAAGCUCUUGAAAGAUCAAAGUGCAGUCACAGAAUAGUCUUUGAUCUAAGUCUAGCUAGAGGUCUUGAUUACUACACCGGUGUCAUCUUUGAAGCUGUUUGUAUAGGAGCAGAGGUGGGAUCAAUUGGUGCUGGUGGGCGAUACGAUAACCUUAUAGGAAUGUUUGGAACAAAGCAAGUCCCUGCGGUUGGGAUGAGCCUGGGAAUCGAGAGAGUGUUUAAUAUAAUGGAAGAACUUAACGAGAAACAGAAACAAGUGAUUCGACCAACGGAGACACAGGUUUUGGUUAGUAUAAUGGUGGAUAAUAAACUAGCGGAAGCAGCAGAACUGGUAAGUAAGUUAUGGGAUGCCAAGAUCAACGCAGAGUAUCUAGUGAGCAAGAGGAAAGAAAAGCAUUUCAAUCGAGCAAAGGAAUCAGGGAUUCCUUGGAUGGUGAUGAAGAAUCUCAAGCUCUUCUUCUCUUGUUUCCCCCGAUUUGAAUCUGAUUCUGAGAUCCUCUUACCUUUUGAUCCUGACGAAGAAGAGAUUGCUGAGAAAGAAAGGGUUCUCAUGAUUCUCGUGUUCUUGCAGAAAGUAGCUGGAACUAAAUUUGAGAGAUCUCUUUUGCAUAGUUUGAAUCAUCAUUGCUCUUUGCGGGGAGAAUUGGCCCUUAGAAUGGGGUCCUGUUUAUCUGCAGAGAGCAGGAGCCCUAGACCGGGCUCUCCUUGCUCUCCUGCUUUUAGUGUGAGGAAGAGGAAGAACUCUAAGAAGCGACCUGGUUCUAGGAACUCUUCCUUUGAUUACAGAAGAGAAGAACCGUUGAAUCAGGUUCCGGGGCGCAUGUUCUUGAAUGGAUCAACUGAGGUUGCUUGUAUCUUCACUCAACAAGGCAAGAAAGGGCCUAAUCAAGAUGCCAUGGUUGUUUGGGAGAAUUUUGGUUCGAGGACUGAUACAAUCUUCUGUGGAGUGUUUGAUGGACAUGGUCCAUAUGGUCAUAUGGUUGCAAAGAGGGUCAGAGACAAUCUUCCUCUCAAAUUAAGUGCUUAUUGGGAAGCAAAAGUACCAGUUGAAGGUGUUCUAAAGCCAAUCACCACCGACACCGUUAAUAAUGCAACCAACAUUAACAACCCUGAAGAUGCUGCUGCUGCUGCUUUUGUAUCUGCUGAAGAAGAACCUAGGACAUCUGCUGACAUGGAGGAGGAGAACACAGAAUCCCAACCGGAAUUGUUUCAAACGCUGAAAGAGUCGUUUCUUAAGGCUUUUAAAGUUAUGGAUAGAGAACUUAAAUUCCAUGGAAGUGUUGACUGUUUCUGCAGUGGGACAACAGCUGUAACCUUGAUCAAGCAGGGUCAGUAUCUCGUUGUUGGAAAUGUUGGGGACUCUAGAGCUGUAAUGGGUACAAGAGACAGUGAAAAUGCUCUUGUCGCUGUUCAACUAACUGUGGAUCUUAAGCCAAAUCUCCCAGCUGAGGCAGAGAGAAUAAGAAAGUGUCGAGGACGGGUGUUUGCACUUAGAGAUGAACCUGAAGUUUGUAGAGUUUGGCUGCCAAAUUGUGACUCACCUGGACUUGCUAUGGCACGUGCUUUUGGAGACUUUUGCCUUAAAGAUUUUGGCCUAAUCUCUGUGCCUGAUGUAUCUUUCCGUCGAUUAACCGAAAAAGAUGAGUUUAUAGUGUUGGCUACAGAUGGGAUUUGGGAUGUUCUCUCAAAUGAAGAUGUAGUGGCGAUUGUAGCUUCAGCUCCAUCGCGCUCCUCUGCAGCUAGAGCUUUAGUCGAGUCUGCAGUUAGAGCUUGGAGAUACAAAUACCCGACUUCCAAAGUCGAUGACUGUGCCGCUGUUUGCUUGUAUCUAGACUCCAACAACACAAACGCCAUAUCUACAGCUUCUUCCAUCUCCAAACUGGAAGAUGAAGAAGAAGAAGAACUAAAAGCCGCGUCUGAGGAUGAUGAUGCAUCAGGACCAAGCGGUCUAGGCCGUUCGAGUACUGUCACGACGGGGAAAGAGAUUGCUCUUGAUGAAAGUGAAGCUGAGAAGCUGAUAAAAGAAGCGGAUAACUUGGAUUCAGAACCUGGAACAGAGUAUUCUGCACUAGAAGGUGUUGCAAGAGUUAAUACACUUUUAAACUUACCAAGAUUUGUGCCUGGAAAGUGAAAAGAGAAAGAAGAGUUGAAGUGGAAGAAGUUGAGCGGUGAUAAAUGAUAUCAAAAUAAAUCACCCAAGACAAGGUACUGUGUCUUUUUGUUCUUUUGUUUUUCCUUUUCAACUUUCUUACAUUGAUCUCUAUUCUUUUUUUGAGUCAUAAUUCAUUGGUUUUGGAACCUAAAUUUUUGUCAGUUUUGUCUUUUAUUGUCUUUCUCUCUUGUUGAUGUUUAUGCUGUUUUUUGGUCUUGUCAGUAAAGAAGAGUGAAAACAUCACAUGAUGUAAUAAUGGCUUGUGUCUGUA